AUUCCGCGAACAGAACGAAUUAAUAAUAGACUCGGUACGAUUCGAGCUGGGUCGCGCUCGAUGGGAAACUUCUCGUUGUACUCCUCUUCCUGCUCCUUGACAGUCGAUACGUGACGAGAUUCUGCUUCUAAUAGCUCCGCGGGGGGACUUAACGGUAUAAAGGCUUGCAAGACCUGUUCUCGCGAUAGCUACGUCCGGAGUGUCCGGAGGAAUCUUGUCGCGAACUACUCGCCAGGAAUAGACGCAGGAACGGUCCUCCUGCGACCGAAGCUUCGUCCACGCUUUUCGGAAGCCAGCCCUGAGACGGUUCAAGAAACGAUGCUGUUCCUUACCUUAUUGCUGCCAUUAGUGGCAGCAGCGCCACUGAAUUCGCUGAAGAACGACUACACCCUGGACAUCGAGAAUGGAACCCUGAAGAACAUUCAAUACACUAGCGAUCCUGUAUCAGAGCUAAACCUGUCAAGCAUGAACCUCCAAAAACUGGACAAAAAUGCUCUCGACAACGUUUCCACUAUAAAGUCGUUGAGCUUAGCGAACAAUUCCAUAGAAUCUCUGCCAGAGUUCAUGUUCUCCAAUCUAACUAACUUGGAGUGCUUGAAUCUAUCCGACAACAAGAUCUCCAAUCUGGAAAACUUAUUUGUCCGAUUAGAAAAACUUCAAAUCCUGGACAUCUCUCGUAAUCCAGUGAUGCACCUUCGCAGAGGUCAGCUGUUCGGUUUAACAAAAUCCGCUACCAUCCUCACGGAGGGCAACAUAUUCUGGAGCAUAAGCACAGGAACUUUCACGAACUCGUUCUUGAAGAACGAGGAAGAAUUGAAGCAGCUGGAUGCAAUCAAGUCAGAAGCGGAUAUUGAACAGAGGCACGAGGAGAAGGAAAAAAGUAUGAACAAGGAAGAAUCUUCGAAAGCUCAGAGUCCGCAGACGAACAAAGUGACAUGGCUAUCCACAAGGCUGAAGUUGUGUAUUCCUGAGAGGAUCGUACUGUCGAUCGAACCGCUAGAAGAGGGCAAAAAGAUCGCCGAGGGCAGCCCUUGCCUGGAGGUGCUAGUAGACGAGAAAGGAAGGAAGGUUAGCCUAAGAGGGCUCGGUAUAAAAGGUUUUCACGAGGGUUGGUAUCAACUGCAGCGGCUGCCAAUAGCUACCUUAGAUCUAUCCAACAACGACAUCACCGAGAUCACCAAAGAAUUACUAAACGAACUGCCGGAGGAUCUGCUUUACGUGAACCUGAUGGAAAACAGGAUCAGAACUAUCCACAGUCAGGUGAUAGAAAAUAGACAUCUAAAAGUGGUAAAUCUAAAGGACAAUCUCUUAGAGAACAUAGAGGAGGGUGCCCUGGAGAAGACGAAUCUGACGGGUUUAUACGUUCACGGCAAUCAGCUGGACAACUUGUCUUUCGUCGCGAGCCUGCCGCAGAGCUUGACACAGUUGAUAGUGUCCAGUAAUCACAUUGCUUCGCUUCCUGACGGUGCUUUUUCGAAUCUCCCUCGACUGAUCUACCUGAACAUGGCUAACAACAAUAUCCAGAAGCUUCAGAACAAUGUCUUCCUUGGUCUAGAGUCGCUACAGGUUCUGAUAGCGACGAGGAAUAACCUUAUGCAAAUCGAGCGUGGGGCCUUCAGAAACCUGACGCAAUUGAAGACACUGUAUCUUCAUCGAAACUCAUUGACUAAAUUGGAAAAGGGAACGUUCGCAGAGUUGGAGAACCUGAAGGACCUCAACCUAGCCUGGAACAAGUUCCAAAGCAUCACGAAGGACACCUUCUCGUGCUUGCCGCAGAGCCUAGACUUUUUGCACAUCGAUUUCAAUCAGAUUUCGAGCUUGGAUCCUGGCAGUUUCAAGAAUGUGCCGAGGUUCACACUGUCCCUGACCGGCAACAAGAUCUCGAGUAUUCCGAAGGGUACUUUUGAACUGGCGACACUGAGGGAUCUGCAUUUGAAUAACAAUACUCUGACGACGAUCGAUGGAGACAGUUACGAAGGUUUGCCUCAGUUAAAACGACUUUGGCUAACUGAUAAUCAGAUCGUAGAUAUACCAAAAGGAUCUUGCAAGAAUUUCGGGAGCUUGAAUGUGCUGGACAUCUCGAAGAAUCCGUUCCAGAAGUUGAAUAACGGGGCUUUGUAUGGACUCAGUAUGACCAGGGGCAACUUUUUGUAUAUUUACAAUAAUCAGCUGAAGGAGAUUCAAGGUGGAGUAUUCGAUGACGUUUAGUUUCAAGACUGAACCUCGUGAUUACCGUUUUGACGAAAUAUCGAAGGAAUGCGUUCGAUUCCUGUUUAUGAAAUGUGCUUUCUCUUGAAUUGUGUACCUUUGUUAUAUUUCUUGUUUGCUCGAUUUAUUUUCUGCAAUGACAAUUCUUAAUUUUCGUAAAACGCAGGCAGAAUUAGGCAUUAAGCGGUUAAGGUUCCAAAAUUUUGGCAUUAAUGAAUUUUAGUCACUUUGUCACAUCAAUUUUAGUCAGAUUAAAUCACUUUGUAUACAAUUUCGAUAGCUCUUGUUGUUAUUUUCUUAUUUUGAUUUAUUGAUCGAGGAUUUAUCGAGUACUUUUAUUACUUGUUUUCCACAGAAGAUAAUAAAUUCUUAUUCUUUGUAAAAUGUAGAUAGAGCUGAACAUUAUUCGAUUAAGAUUUUUAAUUAAAUUCAUUAAUAAAUGGUUACACUUUAUAAACAGUUAAUUUUUAAAUAUCCUGUCUGAUAUAAUUGAUUAAAGAAUUUCAAUUCUUGCAUAUAGAA